AUGUCUGAACAAAUUGAAAAAGCUUUUCAAAAACAAGUUGGCAUUUUUCAAAAUCCAAAAGCUAACAAAAAAGUCAAACUCAAGAAUAAUCGAUGGUAUAAGGAUGUAGGUCUCGGUUUUAAAACACCUAAAGAAGCCAUUGAAGGUCAUUAUAUAGAUAAAAAGUGUCCCUGGGUAAGCCAAGUAUCCAUCCGUGGUCGUAUCUUAACUGGUGUGGUGGUAUCUAUCAAAAUGAAGAGAACUAUUAUCGUUCGCCGUGAAUAUUUACAUUAUAUUACAAAGUAUAAUCGAUAUGAGAAACGUCAUAAAAAUAUCGCGGCACAUCUUUCCCCUUGCUUUAUUGGUGUUCAGCCCGGUGAUAGCGUAACUGUAGGUCAAUGCCGGUAA